AUUAACCCGGGAGGCGGCGGCGGGGAGGGGAGAGGCUCUUGAGAGGCGAGGCCGGGUGAGGCGGCGAGGGCGGCCCGACGGGCGCGGGACGGGACGGGGCAGCGCGAGCGCCGGGAGCCACGGCCCGGAGUCGGGGCGCCUUGCCCCGGGCCCCACAGCAUGAAGACCCCGGCGGACACAGGGUUUGCCUUCCCGGAUUGGGCCUACAAGCCGGAGUCGUCCCCUGGCUCGAGGCAGAUUCAGCUGUGGCACUUUAUCCUGGAGCUGCUGCGAAAGGAGGAGUACCAGGGCGUCAUUGCCUGGCAGGGGGACUACGGGGAAUUCGUCAUCAAGGACCCUGACGAGGUGGCCAGGCUCUGGGGAGUCCGCAAGUGCAAACCCCAGAUGAAUUAUGACAAGCUGAGCCGGGCCCUGCGCUAUUAUUACAACAAACGCAUUCUGCACAAGACCAAGGGGAAACGGUUCACCUACAAGUUCAACUUCAACAAACUGGUGCUGGUUAAUUACCCUUUCAUCGAUGUGGGCUUGGCUGGGGGUGCAGUGCCCCAGAGCGCCCCUCCAGUGCCAUCAGGUGGCAGCCACUUCCGCUUCCCUCCCUCAACGCCCUCCGAGGUGCUGUCCCCCACCGAGGACCCCCGCUCACCGCCGGCCUGCUCUUCUUCAUCCUCCUCCCUCUUCUCGGCAGUAGUAGCACGCCGUCUGGGCCGUGGCUCAGUCAGUGACUGUAGUGAUGGCACAUCAGAGCUGGAGGAGCCACUGGGAGAGGACCCCCGGGCACGACCACCUGGCCCCCCGGAGCUGGGUGCCUUCCGAGGGCCUCCACUGGCCCGCCUGCCCCAUGACCCUGGUGUCUUCCGUGUCUACCCCCGGCCCCGGGGUGGCCCCGAGCCCCUCAGUCCCUUCCCUGUGUCACCUCUGGCUGGGCCUGGCUCCCUGCUACCCCCUCAGCUCUCCCCAGCUCUGCCCAUGACGCCCACACACCUGGCCUACACACCCUCACCCACGCUGAGCCCUAUGUACCCCAGUGGUGGCGGAGGCCCCAGCGGCUCAGGGGGAGGCUCCCACUUCUCCUUCAGCCCUGAGGACAUGAAACGGUACCUGCAGGCCCACACUCAGAGCGUCUACAACUACCACCUCAGCCCCCGCGCCUUCCUGCACUACCCUGGGCUGGUGGUGCCCCAGCCCCAGCGCCCUGACAAGUGCCCGCUGCCACCCAUGGCACCUGAGACCCCACCAGUCCCCUCCUCGGCCUCCUCGUCCUCUUCUUCCUCUUCUUCCCCAUUCAAAUUUAAGCUGCAGCCGCCUCCACUAGGACGCCGGCAGCGGGCAGCUGGGGAGAAGGCCCCUGGAGGCACUGAUAAGAGCAGUGGCAUUGGUGCCAGUGGCAGUGGCCCAGGCGGGCUGGCUGAGGGGGCAGGCGCUUUGGCUCCCCCGCCACCGCCACCCCAGAUCAAGGUGGAGCCCAUCUCGGAAGGCGAGUCCGAGGAGGUGGAGGUGACUGACAUCAGUGAUGAGGAUGAGGAAGAUGGGGAGGUGUUCAAGACACCACGUGCCCCACCUGCACCCCCCAAGCCUGAGCCUGGCGAGGCCUCUGGGGCAGCCCAGUGCAUGCCCCUCAAGCUGCGCUUUAAGCGGCGCUGGAGUGAAGACUGUCGCCUGGAGGGGGGUGGGGUUCCUACUGGGGGCCUUGAGGAUGAGGGUGAGGACAAGAAGGUGCGUGGUGAGGGGCCUGGGGAGGCUGGAGGGCCUCUCACCCCAAGGCGGGUGAGCUCUGAUCUCCAGCACGCCACAGCCCAGCUCUCCUUGGAGCAUCGAGACUCCUGAGAGCUGUGGGCAGGGGGCCCAUGAGCCCUCCCCACUCCCCAUGCUUCUUUUGCUGCCUUAACCCCUCUCCAAAGCCCUGGAGGUGAGGGCAGCUCUCUAGUCUCCCCCCCGCCUCCUCCCUUUCCCCUCCCCACAUUUUGUAUAAAAGUUUAAUUUUUUUUUUAAUGGUGGGGGGCUGCCCAGGGCUGGGGGGCUGUCCCCAUUCCUGUGGGUUUCUAAACUCCAGGCAAAGUGGUGGUGGGGGGAGGGGGGCAUUAGGAGGGCCACCUCCAUUCUGGGGAUUUCUAUUUGAACUGAGGCUUUGGCCUUAAUACCCAGGAAAUUUUUUAUUACAAUCGUAGGAAGGAAAGCCUUUUCUCCCUCCCUGUUGUACCCUCCCCCUCCAGCCCCAACCCUGCCUUUCUUGCCCCUCCAGGGGCUGUGAGUGCCUGGGUUUUUCGUACCCCACAAGGUUACAGCAGGGGAGGGAGGGACAAUUUUAUGAUGAACCAAAAAUUCCUUUGUGUGGGGGUUGGGGGGCGGAGGAGGGUGAGGGGUGUCACCCAUGGGCCCCAAAUCUACAAGUGCCUGCUCUCCACUCCCCACCCCAGCACCUGUCCAACCCUUCCAUCCCUUGCUGCUCCUAGGACUGGCCCAUGGGCAGGUGGGUGGGGGGACAUGGUAAGGGGGUGCCCUGAAACCAAACUGGAAGCUCCCUCUGCCUCCCAGCUGGGGCCCCUGGGGUGGGCUGGGGGGGGGGGCUGUGGUCAAGCCUUAUUCUGUAUUGGGGAUGAAGGGUGGGGGAGGGAGGUAGGGGGCCACUGGAGAAUGUAUUCAAAACAAUAAAACUUUGGACCUUUGCACGUGGUGAUCUGUGCAGGGUGCAGCCACAUUUUGGACAGGUCUAGACUGCCCUCCCUCCUUUGUGGCCAGAGGGCCUAACCCUGUCUGGUUUAAAUCCAGCCCUACUGAGCUAUCUCCUACUGUUGGGUGUCAACCUCGAAGCCUGUGGUGACUAAGGUCUGAGCUUAUCCAGCCCUGCAUUCCAUUGCUCCCCCAUUUCAUGAUCUGGUUUUUGGAAGUUCCCCCACCACCCCAU